AUGGACUCGACAUUGCCUAUCGCUAGUUCCCUGUUCCCGGGAGCAGGCAGCGCGAAUGCGCCGCUGGUAACCGCUAUCGGGAAAGAUCCUCUGGCGUUAGGCAAACCGAGCCAAGCCAUGAUGGACGUGGUGGAAGGCAAAUUCAAGUUCGAUAGGCGUAGAACCUGCAUGGUCGGUGACAGGCUGGAUACGGACAUAAAAUUUGGUAUUGAUAGCGGACUGGGCGGCACAUUGGCCGUCCUCACGGGCGUGACCAAGAAGGAAGACUUCUUGUCGCAGGGAGCAAGUGUUGUCCCCAAUGCGUACGUGGAUGGACUGGGAGAUUUGUUAGGUUGA